AUGUGUAACACCAGCUGUCCUCUGACUGAAAACCCUGCAGUCUACAUCUGGUACAAGAACAGAGAGUUCCUCUAUCAGGACUGGUCUCCCUGGUACCAACAGCUGGUCAGCAGUGAGAAAGCAGUCAGAUACUCCUGUGCUAUCAAAGGCUACGAGGAUCUCAGAGCCCCUCAAGUCUCAGUGGAAGUACAUAUCCAAAGGACUGCAGCUGAAGUAAACUACAUCAGACUGACCUGUAACACCAACUGUCCUCUGAUUGACUCAAAAACUGCCUUUAAGUGGUACCAGGGUAGAUCUUUAUACAGAUACAGGGAGAGACAAGAGCUUUUAGUUACCCGCUCCUCUGAUGAAAGCUUCUCCUGUGCUGUGAAAGGCCUUGAUGAUCUGCACUCUGCUGAAGUCUGUGCUGAGGAUAGGAACUGCUGGAGUGUGAAUUAUGUCAGCAGGAGAAUCUGUGCUCUGGAAGGCUCUUCAGUGAACAUUUCAAGUCUGAGAGUGAAGUUUACUCCCUCUGCAGUGGUGACAGAGGGCCAGAGAGUCACCCUGAGCUGCAGUACCAGCUGUCCUCUGACUGACAACACAACCUACAUUUGGUACUUCAACAGUCGACCUUUGACCCAGACAGAGAAGCAAAACAAACACCUGGUUCUGGACCCAGUCAGCAGUCAGCAUGCAGGAAAAUACUCCUGUGCCGUCAAAACCCUCCGCAACAUCAGCUCCUGUGAAAAGACUCUAACUGUCCAGAGUGAAAUGGGGAAAUGGACCCCAGCAGCAGCAGCAGCAGCAUCAGCGGCUGUAGCAGCAGCAGCUGCAGCAGGAGUCUGUGCUGUUCUCCUGGCUAUCACACUUCUGGUUGUCUUCUUUUGGAUUAGAAAACAGAGGGCUUCGGGUCAAUCUCCUAAAGCGGAAGCAACGGACAACACGGAGCAGCUAAACCCUGAUCCUGUGUAUGAAAACAUCUUAGCUCGACCAGGAGAGCAGGAAGAGCCUCACUAUAGCAGAGUCUACUUCUCUAAGAGCCAGGCAGAACCUCUUUACUCCACCAUCCAGCCACAUCAGCCCAAUCGACAGGAGCAUGCGGCUUAUGUUACUGUCAACUAGACCAGCACGACCCCCCAGUCAGCAUCUCUUACCAUUACAACUGAUUUGGGAUCUACUUAGUGGCCUAACUCAUCUUGAUCAAUGGUAAUAUUUUCAACAAGCAGCAUUUCAAGGCUUUUUUCCGCCCUCCAUUUCACUUCACUCCAUGCUAAUGUGGACCAGGAGUUCCUUAAAAGUACUGAGCCUCCCGAGCAAAAGCUAAUCACUUUGAAACAUCUGUCAGAAAAAAGCAGUGUUUCUGAAGAAGCAGUGAUCACUCAGCUAGCACGGAACAUGUGCAUGUGCUGAAAAUCUGCACAACAAAGAAAAAAUUUAAGAAGUGGCCUCAGUGACACCAUCACUGUUUUUCUCUACAAAACACCACAUGACACAAACUUGU